GGAUACCCAACGCCCUUGGAUGCCAUGAGAGGACCGCGAGAGAAGCUGAUGUACGUGACUUGCAUCUUAACUGAAUCAGGGACCCAGAUGCCGGAUUAUCUCGCCACGGUGGAUGUUGAUCCUCGAUCUCCCACUUUUUGCAAAGUUAUUCACCGGCUGCAAAUGCCGUACAUUAAUGAUGAGCUUCACUGCAUGGGCUGGAAUACUGGAAGCAGCUGCUUCGGAGACACCACCAAGAAGCGCAACUGUCUGGUCCUUCCGUGUUUCAGCUCUUCGCGGAUUUAUAUUGUGGACACCGGGACUGACCCCCAUGCUCCCCGCCUGUUUAAGGUGAUUGAGCCCAGAGAGGUCUUCUGUAAAACCAACCUGGCUUCAUUACGCACUGCACACUUUAUGCCCCCCGGAGAUGUCUUGAUCGGCUCCCUCGGGGACCUGUAUGGCAAUGGAAAAGGAGCAUUUGUUGUUGUGGAUGUGGAAACGUGGGACGUGAAAGGCACCUGGAACCCCCCCGGGGAUGCGGCUGCAAAAGGAUACGACUUCUGGUUCCAACCCAGGCAUAACGUCCUGGUCAGCACUGAAGCAGGAGACCCCAAAUUCUUUAUGAAUGGGUUCAACCCUGAAGAUCUGGGGAAAGGCCGUUAUGGACGCUGCCUGAAUGUGUGGGACCUGACCACCCACUGCCUUGUCCAGUCUAUUGACCUGGGGGAGGAUUCUGCCCCCCUGCAUGUCCGCUUCCUGCACAACCCAGAUUCCCCACAUGGCUUUGUGGGCUGCGCCCUUGAAGGCGCUCUGCACCACAUUUUCAGAAAGCAGGAUGGGUCGUGGGCCACGGAGAAGGUAAUCCAGAUUCCAAAGAAGGUGGUCACUGGCUGGUACCAACCUGAAAUGACAUCGUUCCUCACAGGCAUUGUCAUUUCGCUGGAUGACCGUUACCUGUACAUGAGCAACUGGUUCCACGGCGACAUUCGACAGUACGACAUCAGCGACCCCCGCUGCCCUCGGCUGACGGGCCAGGUGUUUGUAGGAGGCAGCAUCCAGAAAGGCGGGGCGGUGACCGUGAUUAGGGAUGAAGAGCUCGAAUGCCAACCAGAUCCAUUCAUGCUCCAGGGGAGGAGGGUCCACGGGGGACCCCAAAUGCUGCAGCUCAGUUUGGACGGAAAAAGGCUUUAUGUGACCAACAGUCUCUGCACACCGUGGGACAAGCAGUAUUACCCACAAACGGUCAGGGACGGGUCAGUCAUGCUCCAGAUUGAUGUGGACACCGAGAGAGGGGGCCUCUGUGUGAACCCAGAUUUCCUGGUGGAUUUCGGGAAGGAGCCGUACGGUCCCUCCCGUGCAUACGAAAUGCGUUACCCGGGAGGAGACUGCACUUCGGAGAUCUGGACCUGA